AUGCCUUCAGUCGACUUCGACUUGCACUCGCAGAUUCUUUCGAGUCUUGCUUCGACCUUGGCCAAGGACUCGGCCACCUCUAACGACGAGGUGCAGAGACUUAUUAGGGCUGGUCCCUCUCUGCCCUUGUCCAGCCAGCCCUCGUCCCCCAAGCCCCAGGGGAGUGAAUCCCACGGUGCCGGCACCUCUUCGGACCAUGUGCUGUCCGAGGGCGGACUGAUGACAAUGCGCCACCAACACGCCCUGAUCGCACAGGCAAAGUUCGCUGCCGAGUCCUCGGGCCAGUUUGACCAGGACCUAGUCCCUCGCCUUUGUGGAUACCUUCACUCGCUGCCAAAGUACAAGUUUGGUGAUGGCCUCGGUCUCAAGGGCAAGUCCCCCGCUGACAACAUUACUGCCAGCUUCAUCACUCAUCUCCUCACCAUCGCCAACAAGAGGCCCUCGACUCGUCAGGAUAUUCUCGACUCUGUCUGGGCAUACUUUGACAAGCUCUCAACAAUCGUCCUAUCCGGCAGUGCUGACAAGGUUUGCGAGUUCGUGUUGCCUUCGUUGAACGGUCUUUUGACUGCCUUGGAGAGCUCCAAAUUCGAAUUCGAGUCUCACGACUUUGCCAACCUGGUUUCACACUCGAACGCCCUGCUCUCCAACAGUACCUCUGAGCAUAUCCGCAAGGCUAUCGAUACCAUUACCCAGGAGCCUUCGACCUCCUAUGCCCGUCGCGUCCUUGCUACCUAUGCUCGUGACAACAUCCUCCUCAGCUCCAACCGCGUUGUCUUGCAAGUUCUGACCGUCAAGCGCAACAUGAUUGCUCGUCUGAUUGAAGCAAACACAGCCAAGGUUCAAUUGACCCAGGAGCAGCAGGUCGAGGCUGAUGUCGAGGCACUAGCCCUCAGCGGCAAGGCUAGACAUACCCUUGAAUACAGCAGCGAGGACGAGAAGCCCUCUGCUCACGCCGACAUCAUUAUCAAGCCUUUGACAGCUGCUACUCAGUCCUUUGAGAUCAUUUGGACCUCGCUUUUGACCAAGGCAUUCAGGCGCACUGACGUGGCCGUCCGGACUGACUUGACCAAGGUCUUGAGAGCCGAGUACAUCAUGUCACUCCAGUUCCUGUCUGACAUGCGCGUGUUUGCCAACGAUCUCUUGGCCAAAGGGUCUGUCUCAAGCGAGUUCUACUACCGCGAGAUCAUGAGUGUCGCUCUUCAAUUGGCGGCUCUUGCCAGCGUUUACAUUCAUGAACUGGACGAUGUCCUCCCUACCCACAUCUCCCACAGCCUAUUCAACCAGCUCCGCACUGACGAGUCCCAGAUUCACCGUGCCUCGUUGGAUUGUGCCGCCAUCUUGGGAAUCAACUUCCAGGAUGCCAACGGAGAGAUGACAGCACUGCUGCAGCAGUUCUUGAUCACUCCUUCCAACGCCUUCAAGAGCACUACCGCCGGUUUGACUCAGGAGGUUGCCGCCGAACGUCUUGCCCAGACAUUGAAGCAUUUCUCCAUUGAUGAGGAGGCAGCCAUGUCGAUUGUCUACGCUUUGCUCAACACCCUUUACAAGCACAACAGCUCCAAGGACAAGCACGUUGCUGUUGAUGAACAGUCUGUCGUCGUUCAGGAGAAUGUCAUCAUCGCCAUCUCCAAGAUUGCCUGCAUCUAUAAGAGCGAGAAGAUUACUCCUUUGGUUUUGUCGAUGCUUGCCCAGCAGGUUCGCCACCACAGUGCUUACUUGGACUGCGUGAUCGUCAAGCGCCUGACCGAUAUUGCGUUGACUGGUUCGUUAGCCUCGUUCAACGACAUUACCCAGAUCUUCUCCAACCUCGCCAAGCACUCCCACAGUGGGCCUAAUUCUCAUGACAACAAGGCCACCUCUAAGGAACUUGCUGAAGCUGUCAUCGAGUCUCUUCUUCGUUUGGCCACGACGAUCAACUCUCGUCCCGAGUUCUACCAUGCCUACAUGGUCACCUUGCUCAAACUCUUUGUCGAGAAGGGUGUCCAGAUCCAGUCUUCGUCGCAGCAUCACCACCACACCACCAAGCGCAACCAGAACAAGAUGAACUUGCAGUCUGGUGGUCUGGGCUUGGUUCUCCCUAUACUAGCCCAGCUGUUGUCCCACGAUGACUUUGAACAGCACGUCAAGCACUCCAAGGAGGAUGUCAAGCUCUUCCGUGAUCUCUGGGCUCACUGUGUUCUCUUCGAGUUUGUCAAGGACUCGCCCUGGUACAAGGAGUGGAGCUCGGCUAUGGCUGUGAUUGCUUGCAAGACCCCUGCUCUGGUCUCGGAUGAGCACAGCGCGACGGCUUAUUUGGAGGGCGAGUUGGAGCACAACUCUGUUCUUCCCCGUGGUAUUGCUGAUGAUCAGAAGGCGGCUAUGCGCGCUACCUUGACCAGCUACUUGCCUGGUCAGGCUGUUGCGAUCAAGACUCUCAGCUCGGCUAAGGUUGUCUUCUUGUUGUCCGUUUAUCACGUCGAGACCCUUCGCAGCCGUCAUGGUGGCGAUUGCUCCAUUGUCUUGAAGUACUUUAUGAACACUGGCGUCAACGACAGCGUUCUUUCGACCUGUUUGGAGGCCAUUGCCGAUCAGGCCAUUAACGUCUUUACUUCCGAGUCCCAGGCCAAGGUCUUGGCUCACUCCUUGGACGACAAGACCCGUCUCCAGGUUCGCAACUUGAUCAUUGGAUGCGCUCAUCGUUUGAGGCGUGUCAGCGCCUUGGCUGUCAAGUGGAUUCAUCGUCUGAUAGGCAACUUCCCUCAGCUGAUGUGCGACAAGAACUUGUUGGCCCUUGUGCUCGAGUUGAGCGAGCUCCUCUGGCUUGGUUGCGAGAACGAGAUGACGGAUGAGUACUGCCCCGUUUACAGCUUCACGUCGACCAAGGUCAACGUAACCAUCAAUCUGCCCGACUCGUACCCUUACCGUCGCGAGUUGCUCUCCAAGUUUGUGGAGCUGACCCGCAGAUGGGUUGCUGUCGCCAUGGAGAACUCUCCUCAGGAGGUCGAUGCGCUCUUGCAGGAUUACCUCGCCGAUUCGGAGAAGAUCCACACUGGUAUCAGCCGUGUCCACAUGGGUCGCAUCCUUGCUGCUCGUUCCGGCAAGGACUUGACAAAGUCUCACAACUGCUUCGAUGGAAACCUCGGCAGCAUCCCCGGUGUUCUCCUCGACAGCUCCUCGGUCUUUUUCCAGGAGUUCUCGGCCCGUCGUCGUUACCAGGGCGAGGUUGGCGGUAUGGAGAACUUUUCGAGUGCCUUUAGCCAGCAGACUGGAACUGUUCUCCCUAGCCAGCUGCCUGCCCUCCGCGAGAACUUGCAAAAGAUGGCGCAGCAGGUCAAGGCUGAUCAAUUUGUCUCGAACAAGGAUUUGGCCAAUGCUCUUCAUCGCGCUGUCAGCGCUAUUAUAACCCUCGACAAAGUCGACGAGGAGCUGGUCAAGAUGGUUGCCUGGAUUCCCAUCUACCUCUUCACCCCUGACAGUUUGAAGAUCGGUACCUCUGUCUGGAACUGGCUCAUCACCGAGAAGCCCGCGGUCGAGAAGCGUCUCAUGGCCGAGGUCGCUGCUGGGUGGGACUGGGCCUGCCGUCACCAGAAGGGUCUCUUCUCCUCCCUCUUGGAUCCUGAAGAUCCCUUCCGCGUGCGCAUGGAGUAUGCCCCUACGGACAAGAAGGCUCGUCAGAGAAGCUACAAGAUUGCAUCCUACUUGUUCUCGCCUCACCUUAUCUGGAUCGAGUUCUUAUCCUCCAGAUUCCAGGCGACCCGCUAUCGCAACCGCGACAUGAUCGACACUUUUACUCGUUUGAUCCAGUUGACAUUUGCCAAGGAGCACAAGAUGAGUACCCACCCCUUGGCCAGAGAGGGUCGCUUCCAGUUGCUUCUUCUCGGUCUUCGUCUCCUCCGUAGCGAUCAUAUGGAGGCUUUGAUCGAGUACCAGAUCCGCUCGGCCUUGUACCUUUCGGCGCUUUCCUGGUUCAAGCUCUCUCCCCGCUGGUCCUUUGGUGGUAACCGUCUGCUGAGCAGGACCGAGACUCGCGUCAUGAAGGAGUUUGCGGCUGCCUUGGAGCAGGACAAGAUCUUGUUGGACACUAUCCUCUCGAGCGCCAAAGACGAGGCUGGUACUCAGGCUGCCAACUAUGUCUUUACCGAGAAUCUGAAUCGCGAUGCCAUCAUCCGCAAGCACACUCAGUCCCGUCGUCUUCUCUCCCUGCUGACCGAGAACGAGCUCAACCGUCUUGGUGUCUGGACCACCCCCAUUGCCGUCGGCGGUGCCAACGCCAGCAGUGGAAAUGGCUCUGAUAACGCCCAAGAGAAGGGUUACUCUGAGGAGGGCUGGCGCAACAUGGUCCGCUUUGCCUGGUCGGUUUCACCCAGCCUGGCCUUCCAGUUGAUGUCUCGUUUCAAGAACAACAUCAUCCCCAGCGAGUUGGGCCAACUCCUUGCUAUGGACCCCUUUGCUGCCGUCAAUGAUUCGGACGCGAUCCAGAUCCUCCUGGGCGAGGGCACUUUCCGUUACUCGGCCGCUCAGCUCAAGUACCUGCUCUUCUGGCAGCCCGUUCCUUCGAUCACCGCGAUCUCAUACUUCCAGCCCGCCUUCCAUAGUAACCCCAUGGUCCUUCAGUACGCCAUGCGUUCUUUGGAGCACUCUCCCGUCGAGGUCGUCUUCUUCUACGUCCCUCAGAUUGUCCAGGCCCUUCGCCACGACGAUUUGGGUUAUGUCGAGAAGUACAUCAUGCGCGCCGCCCGUGUGUCGCAGCUGUUUGCCCAUCAGAUCAUCUGGAAUAUGAAAGCGAACAUGUUCCGCGACAACAAGUGUGAGGUCCCCGACGCCCUCAAACCUACUCUGGACCGCAUCAUCGACAACAUUGUCAACGGACUCUCGGGUGAGGCCAAGAGCUUUUACGAGCGCGAGUUUACCUUUUUCAACCAGGUCACUUCGAUCUCUGGUACGCUCAUGCCCCUAGUCAAGAAGACAAAGCCUGAGAAGAAGAAGAAGAUUGACGAGGAGAUGGCCAAGAUUGUGAUGGAUGUGGGAGUCUACCUGCCCAGUAACCCCGAGGGUGUUGUCGUCGACAUUGACAAGACGUCUGGUCGUCCUCUCCAGUCCCACGCCAAGACCCCCUUCAUGGCAACCUUCAAGGUCCGCAAGACCCGUGAGGAGUCUAGCUUGACCAAGGCUAUCAUGAAGCGCAGCGGCGAUGCCUCAGGCCAGGACGAGGAAGACAGCGUCCCCAAGACCUAUGAUGUCUGGCAAUCUGCGAUUUUCAAGGUCGGAGACGACUGUCGCCAGGACGUGUUGGCCAUUCAAUUGAUCGCGGUCUUCAAAAACAUCUUCACCAACGUCGGUCUGGACCUGUACCUUUUCCCCUACCGCAUUGUCGCGACCGCCCCCGGCUGCGGUAUGAUCGAUGUCAUCCCCAAUUCGAUCUCGCGUGACCAGCUAGGACGCGAAAAGGUCAACAACCUUCAGGACUACUUUGUCACCAAAUAUGGCGGCGUCGACUCGAUCGAAUACCAAAAGGCCCGUAACAACUUUAUUCAAUCUGUCGCCUCCUACAGUGUGAUCUCGUACCUCCUCCAGUUCAAGGAUCGCCACAACGGAAACAUCAUGAUCGAUGACGAGGGCCAUGUGAUCCACAUUGAUUUCGGAUUCAUCCUCGAUAUCUCUCCUGGAGGAAACAUCAACUUUGAAUCGUCCCCUUUCAAAUUGACCUCGGAAAUGAUCCAGAUCAUGGGAUCCAGUGUUGAAGACCAGGGAUACAGAUGGUUCUGUGAGCUUUGCGUUAAAGCCUUCUUGGCAUCGCGUCCUUAUGCGGAACAGAUCAUGCGGUUGGUCUCGUUGAUGCUCGAGUCGGGUCUGCCUUGUUUCCGUGGCGAGACGAUUAAGAGGAUGCGGUCGCGUUUCCAGUUGGAUCGGUCUGAGCGUUCGGCUGCAGAGUUUAUUCUGGAGAGAGUUGAUGAGUCCUACCUCAACAAGCGUACCGUCCUCUACGACUCCUUCCAGAAGGCGACCAACGGUAUCCCUUACUAA